GCCGGCCGGUGUAGCCCCGGCUCCGGAGCGAGCGGCGAGCGCGCGGCGCACACGGCGGCCUGCGGAGCCCGGGAGCCCGGCGGGCCGCCGCGAUGUUCCCCAAGGAGACGACGUGGAACAUCUCGUUCGCGGGCUGCGGCUUCCUCGGCGUCUACCAUAUCGGCGUGGCCUCCUGCCUCCGCGAGCACGCGCCCUUCCUGGUGGCCAACGCCACGCACAUCUACGGCGCCUCGGCCGGGGCGCUCACGGCCACGGCGUUGGUCACCGGGGUCUGCCUGGGUGAAGCUGGUGCCAAUAUCAUCGAGGUGUCCAAGGAGGCCCGGAAGCGGUUCUUGGGCCCGCUGCACCCUUCCUUCAACAUGGUGAAGACCCUCCGGAGCUGCCUGCUGAAGAGCCUGCCUGCUGACUGCCACGGGUGUGCCAGCGGCCGCCUAGGCAUCUCUCUGACCCGCGUCUCUGAUGGCGAGAACGUCAUUAUAACCCACUUCAAUUCCAAAGAGGAGCUUAUCCAGGCCAAUGUUUGCAGCACCUUCAUCCCCGUGUACUGCGGCCUCAUCCCCCCUUCCUUCCAGGGCGUGCGCUAUGUGGACGGCGGCAUCUCAGACAACCUGCCGCUCUAUGAGCUCAAGAACACCAUCACGGUGUCCCCCUUCUCGGGCGAGAGUGACAUCUGCCCGCAGGACAGUUCCACCAACAUCCACGAGCUCCGAGUCACCAACACCAGCAUCCAGUUCAACCUGCGCAACCUCUACCGCCUCUCCAAGGCCCUGUUCCCACCCGAGCCCCUGGUGCUUCAAGAGAUGUGCAAACAGGGCUACAGGGAUGGCCUCCGUUUCCUGCGGCGGAACGGUCUCCUGAACCGGCCCAACCCCUUGCUGGCACUGCCCCCCAGCCAGCCCCCUGCCCCUGAGGAUGCCGACGCAGAGGAGGGGGCAGUGGCCAUGGAGAGGACUGGAGGGAAGGACCACCCGCCUCCGCCCAGGGAGGAUCACAUCCUGGAGCACCUGCCCUCAAGGCUCAAUGAGGCCCUGCUGGAGGCCUGCAUGGAGCCCACGGACCUGCUGACCACGCUCUCCCGCAUGCUGCCCGUGCGUCUGGCCAUGGCCAUGAUGGUGCCCUACACUCUGCCCCUGGAGAGCGCGGUGUCCUUCACCAUCCGCUUGCUCGAGUGGCUGCCCGACGUCCCUGAGGACAUCCGGUGGAUGAAGGAGCAGACGGGCAGCGUCUGCCAGUACCUGGUGAUGCGCGCCAAGAGGAAGCUGGGCAGCCGCCUGCCCUCCAGGCUGUCGGAGCAGGUGGAGCUGCGCCGCGCCCGCUCGCUGCCCUCCGUGCCGCUGUCCUGCGCCGCCUACAGCGAGGCGCUGCCCAGCUGGAUGCGCAACAGCCUGUCGCUGGGGGAUGUGCUAGCCAAGUGGGAGGAGUGCCAGCGGCAGCUGCUGCUCGGGCUCUUCUGCGCCAACGUGGCCUUCCCGCCCGACGCCCUGCGCAUGCGCGCCCCCGCCGGCCCGGCCCCCGCUCCCCCGCAGCACCCGCCCAGCUCUCCCCCUUGCUGAGGGCCCAGGGCCCUGGCCUUCUGGCCCCGGGGCCCCGGUGCUGCGGGCUGCCCGCCCCACCCCGCCAGCGUCCCUGUCCGUGAGGCGGGGCCCCGGGGCCAGCUGAGCUCCCCUCCGCAGUCCCUCUCCACCCCACUGCACAUGAGGAGCUGGGGGCCCUCGCGCUGCCCAAGGGGGCUUGGCGGUCCACCAGCCGCUCAUUCGCCGCGCUGAGGAGCGCCGGGUAGCCCCCCCAGCGUGGCCGCAGGGGCCCCUGCCUGUGCUUCAGCCUCCCCUUCGGGGCCCCGCCCCAGUGUCGGGCCAACACUCUGGGGCGCGGCGCCCCCGCCUGCGAGCGCAGUAUUACUCCUGAGAACUUCGCACCUGCUCCGCCGGCCACAGUUUUUCAUUUUCUGAAGAAUGUGUGUGAAGAAUUAUUUAUUUUUUGCCAAAGCAGAUGUAAUAAACGCCACGGCCCA